CCGCAGUGCCUCCUCUGCGCGGGACCAAUGCAGAAUGCCGGGCUAGUGUCUCCACGCCUCCUCCCGACUGCUGGGCACCCGGGAGCCAGGUUUCUGCCCGCGCCCUCCGACUGGUGCAACUGGUUCCCGCGCUCGCGCGCGCGCAGAGCUCAAGCCUCUGCAGCGGCCCCGCCUCCUGCGUUUCUGGUGUCUCCCGCUCCCGCGUCCUCUCAAAGCCUAGAUCCCCGACUCCCCUUCCCCGCGCCCGAGACCCUUCUUCCGGAACUCUUUCCCUUAUUCAAGACUAGGAGGAAUGAAGCCGGCACUGUGGGCAGUGCGCAGCCUGGUAGCGAAUCCCGCUCUUCCCGCGUCCAAGACCUGCGGCGGGCAGGUCUUUGCACACUCAGCGUUUCCCGCGCUCCACUCCGCGGCUAGAGCGCAGCCAAUCGGCUUCUGCGGCAGGAGAGCUGCUAUCCAAUGAGAGCAGAAGGACGCCAAGAUCUCUGGCCAGAUGCGCAGUUCCCCCGGCAGUUUCCCCGGAGCGCGGCACUGCUGGAGGCUCCCUUAAGCCGCAAGCGCAGACCGGUGACGGCUCGGUUCCGGACGGACUCUUGUCUUAGGUUGUUCUGGUGAUAUUUCUGGGAGCCAACAGUUGACAUUUUUGGAGGUCUCAGCAAGACCUAGGCAGUUUCUGCUGCUGCAGCAACACCUUCAAGCCAGAAUCACUGUGUGCCUCUGAGGUCCCUGCAACCUUCUCUUCCGGCACUCUCUGAACGCAAAGUGUUUCAGCCAAUACACAGACGUUCAUCUUCAAGCCAUCAUGAGCUCUAAGAAGCAGAGGCCACAGAAGGACUCAUAUGAAAAGAAUAGCAAGAAAAUUGAGCACUACUUUUCUAAGGUCAAUGAAAAGCAGGAGAAUAAUCCCAGUACUUCUCAAAUGAAGACGGACUCUAGAAAAAGUUCAGAGAAUACAGCCAACACCCAGGCUGAAGGACCCAAAGGCCAGACUGUAUCCCAAGAUAAGACAAUUUAUGUUCACUUGAAUGUAAACCUCAAGAAAAACAAAAAAAUGCCAGUUGCGCUCACGCAUACUAAUAAGGCUAGCUUAUACAUGGCACUCAGCACUCUCGAGACUGUCAGAGAAGCAAUGGAAUCUCAUCCAGGCCAAGAAAUGCUGGUAUGUGACAAAAGUGGAAUUGAAGGAUACUUAAACCUUGGAAUGCCCCUGAGCUGUUUUCCUGAAGGCUGCCAGGUGGAAAUCACCUUUGCUCCAUGUAAAGCAAAGCAGGAAGAGGUGAAGCAGGUAUUCCGCCAGCACAACAACAUGUCUACUGAUGACUGCGUCAAGUUUUAUAUUCACCCAGUCGGGAAGGGCACCAGGAAAAAGAUUGUCAAGUGCGGGCAACUUCACAAAGAUGGGUACAAACUCUGCAUCUUUGCCUUCAAAGGAGAAAGCAUUAAGAAGGCUCUGUGUGAGGAUGGCAGAUUUCUUCCCGUUCUGGAGAAUAAUGAUUGGAAACUCAUUGAAAACCUGAACUGCAUUUUUGAAAGCUCACAGAAGGUUGAUCACCUGGAGGGCAAGCUCUUUCAGCUUAGUGUUGAGAAGAAAAGCGUGGCUACUGUGGCUACCAUGGCUACCGUGGCAGCAGCUGCUCAGAAUUCAGAGUCAGAGGAGAUAAACCCCUCUGGGCUGAUAGAAGAAAUUGUCGACCAGUACCCCAGUUUGAAAAGAGAAAGGGAGAAAAUUAGAGAAAACUUUGAGAAAGAGAAGCAAAUAAGAAAGGGGAAACAAUUAUUUAAAUUGCAUAAAGCAAACUUUGGGAAACUGACCAAAAACUCUACUUUGGUUAAAGUCCACAAACUUCUUUCUCAUCUCAGUAAUUCAGUUGGGUUCCUAUCAUGGGACAACAAUGGGAAUACAGGUUGUGCCACUUGCUUUGUCUUUAGUGGGUUGUACAUUUUCACUUGUCGGCAUGUAAUAAGUGAUAUUGUGGGGAAGGGAGUAGAGCCAAGUAUGUGGGCCCAUAUCAUUGGUCAAUGUGUAAAGGUGACAUUUGUUUAUGAGGAGUUCCUAGAAAGAGAAGAGAACUACUUUUUCGUUGAACCUUGGUUUGAGGUAUCUGAUGUAAAUCUUGAUUAUGCUGUUCUCAAACUGAAGACCUAUGGACAGCAAGUGCCUGUGGGAUUAUACAAUGGAAUCGGUCCUGCACCACACAGUGGGUUGAUAUAUAUUAUUGGCCAUCCAGAUGGGCAGGCAAAGUCUACUGAUGCUUGUUCUGUGAUCCCACAGGGUCAGCGUGAAGAGGUGUAUCAGGAAAGUCUUCAGGCUAGGGAAGCAGAGAGUUAUGGUCCUGGCAUGCAGUAUAUCCAUAUGCACACUCAAAGAAGUUUCCCAGAAACAAGUCGAGAGUCUAGUUUGAUCACUUAUCACACCUCGUUUUACUUUGGAUCUUCUGGCUCCCCUGUUUUUGAUUCAAAUGGUUCAUUGGUGGCCAUGCAUACUGCUGGCUUCCCUUAUAUCUACCAAGGUGAGUUUUCUAGCAUCAUUGAAUUUGGCACUACUCUGGAAUCCAUCGUCUCUGAUAUCAAGGAAAACCAUACAAAGUGGUAUGAAGAAGUAUUUACAAAUCUGCAGGAAGUAGAAAUGGUGAGUGUUUAGGAUGAGGAACAGUGAGAAUUCAGUCAGUUUGCCACCUUUAAGGGAAUUACCUAUGGAAUUGUUAUUCCAUGAGCAAUGACGAUAGUUUUCUACCUUCCACAAUGGUCAAUCUCAUAAAAA